AUGAGUUCAAAACCAAACAACACAUUUUAUUGUUCAUUUGUUAGCAUCCAUUAUAUUAUCUGUGAGUGCGGAGAUACUUUUCCUACAGAAGAUGAAUUAAAGUUACAUUUGGAAACGGAUCAUAAUCGGCUGAAAAUUGAAACCUAUGAAUUCAAAUGUGCCACGUGUGAGAAAGUAUUCUCAUCAGAAAGAGCCUGUUUGUCUCACCAACGUAUUCAUACAGCUCCUCAGCCUCGCGUAUUCCGUUCUCCAGACUCUUUGGGAAAGAAGAAGUCUAAUGGUGUUAAAAGACAUGUCUGUGAGAACUGCGGCAAACAAUAUGCUACAAAUGCAGCUCUCCGCUAUCACCAGCGUGUGCAUACAGGCGAGCGCCCAUACAAGUGUUCUUUAUGCCCUAAAGCUUUCACUAUGCCACUUUUCCUGCAGAUCCAUGUUCGCACGCACACAGGUGAGCGUCCAUACCAGUGUCCACAUUGUCCCAAAGCUUUUAGCAACAAAGCAGCACUGCUUAGACAUGAUCGGGUCCAUACAGGUGUGAAACCCUAUGGCUGUCCCACAUGUGGCAAGACCUUUACCCAAUCAAAUUCCAUGAAACUUCAUGUCAACACUGUGCACCUUAAAAUGCCUGCCCCUUACAAGAGCAAGAGCAGAAAGCUGAAGGAUGCUGAGAGAGAACGAAGACGUAUGGCAAUGCAAGCUGAUGUUCGUAUUCAAAAGACAGCAGUCCAAAUCGAAAGUCCACAGAACUUGCCAGAAGCAAUCAAGACCGAGUUGGUCUACGAAGAUGAUAUUGUGUACGCAGAGGAAGCUGAUGCUCAGGAAAUCUAUGAAGAGUCUGAAAUCCCCGUUUAUGCUGGCGAGGAGCUCUUCCACGGAGUAAAAGAAGAGCAAGAGGAAGAGAUGAUCUUCUAUGAAGAAGACGUAGAAUACCCUGAAGUUAUGUAUGAAGAAGUUUAUGAGGUCACAGAGGCCUAUAACUCAUAG